UACAAAAGUUGCUCUCUUGAACUUCGAUUAUGGUAUAAAAAGAGCUCCUCACAGCACCAUCUUCACUUUUUAUCUGCUGAUUUGAGGGCCUGAUUUACAUUAAUGGAUCAGAAAAUCAAUGUUUUCGUCUGGGAUAUGGACGAGACUCUCGUCUUACUAAAAUCCCUCAUCACUGGCACAUAUGCAAAGGCUUUCAAUGGCUCUAAAGACGUUCAAAAGGGUAUAGAAAUCGGCAAAACUUGGGAAAAUCAAAUCCUUCGGAUUUGCGAUGAUUACUUCUUCUAUGAACAAAUUGAAGGCUGCAAUAAGCCUUAUGUUGAUGUAAUGAGGGAGUAUGAUGAUGAAUUAGAUCUCACUGAUUAUGAUUAUAAGAAUGAUGGUUUUGUUGGUGCCUCUUUCAAUGAUGACGCCAACAAGAGGAAAUUGGCAUACAGACAUCGUAUCAUUGCUCAGAAGUAUAAAGAGGGAUUGCGUAGUGUUUUUGGUGAAAAGAUGAUAAAAUCGUGGGACAAUCUUUAUCAGGAGACCGAUGAUUUUACAGACAAAUGGUUGUCUUCAGCCAAGGCUUGUGUGGCGGAAUGUGCAAGUGGAAACAAAGAUUCCAUUCCGGAUGGCAUCUCAGAUUCCACAAGUUCAAGAAUUGAAAAUGUGAAUGUUAUUGUAACUUCUGGCUCAUUAAUCCCAAGCCUUGUCAAAUGCUUGCUAUUUCGGCUUGAUGACUUAUUUUCGUAUGACAAUGUUUACAGCUCAUGGGAAGUAGGGAAGUACAAAUGUUUUUCAUUGAUAAAAGAACGAUUCAAUGGACCAAACGUGCAGUUUUGUGCGAUUGGAGACGGAUGGGAAGAAUGUGAAGCCGCCGAAAACAUGCAAUGGCCGUUUGUGCAAAUUGACCCGGGGCCCGUUAGUACCUCUCAUCGUUUUCCAGGGCUCACUUUUGAGACUUUGGGACACUAUAUUGGUGUUAUUUAUGGUGAUGAUGAUGAUGAUGAUGAUGAUGAUGAUGAUGAAUAAAAAGAAUGAAAACUGCAUGAAAUAGAAACUCCUGUGAUCGGAAAUUGUGUGAUUUUUCUUUUAAAAUUUUUUUAGGGUUUGGGGGUUCUGAUGUCAACUGUUGCAACCCUCCCGCCCAACCCGUA